AUGAUCUCCAUGAAACUGAAAAACGUUAGCCUCCUCUCUGUUAUGUAUUCUCUUUGCAAAUUUAGGCUGCGUUUGGAGCUGUUUGUGCUGCCGUUCCAGCGAUGUUCUAGCGAAGUGCUGAGACCGUGCAGUCGAUCGAUACGCUGUGCUUUUCCAGGUGGGAUCCAGCAUGGCCUUGGGAGUCGUUGCGGCACUUCGCUAAAACGGCGCUGGCUCAGGUGCCAGCACGCACACUCUGAACGCAACCUUAGCGAGAAGUCAAUAUUUGAGAGUUUUUUAGGCAGUAAGUGUAUACCUGUGUUUCUUUCAUAAACUCCUCAAUUAGGCAUACUGCGACGAGUACUGCCAAGCACUGAUAAUCACAAAUAAUUGAAAUGCUCAAACUUUAUCCUUGUUUCUUUCACUGUAUCGUCGGCGAUUUUCACCGGCGGUCAAUCGAGCCAUCUCUGCCGUUUUUUUCUUUGAAUGUUUGAAGAUUGUGACCAUUAUGUAUCUCUUUAUACAUAUUGAGCCCAUUCCUGU